AUGUGGGUGCCUUUGCUAGCUCUCACAUUGACCCUUGCGGCGUGUCACCAGGUAAACCUCGCUCCAGAGUUUGCCAAUGGACAGACCUAUGUCUACAAAUAUGAGGCCACUGUUAUGGGUGGCCUGCCUGAGAUGGGUCUGGCACGGGCUGGAGUAAAAAUCCGUUGCAAAGUCAUGAUCAGUGCGGAUUCUGGUAACACCUUCAUCCUGAAGCUUGUAGACCCAGAAAUCCUUGAGUUCAGUGGCAUCUGGCCCAAAGAGGAUUUCGUCCCAGCUACCAAUCUUACUACAACCCUGACUGCUCAGCUCUUGACACCCAUCAAGUUUGAGUAUGCUAACGGUGUUGUUGGAAAGGUGUUUGCUCCGGUUGGCCUCUCUGAAACUGUGCUGAAUCUCCAAAGAGCAAUCCUCAACAUUUUCCAGCUGAACAUCAAGACGACUCUAAAUGUCUAUGAUCUGCAAGAGCCUGGAGUACAGGGUGUGUGCAAGACCCACUAUGCCAUGAGUGAGGACGCAAAGGAUGGCCGCAUCAUGUUGACCAAGAGUAAGGACCUCAACCAGUGCCAGGAGAAAAUCAUGAAGGAUAUUGGCAUGGUUCACGGAGAGAGAUGCGUUGAAUGUGAGGCUAGAGGACAGAGCCUGAAGGGAGCUGCUGCUUUUAACUACAUCAUCAAGCCAGCAGCCACCGGUGCUCUGAUCUUGGAGGCAUCUGGUACAGAGAUCAUGCGUUCACCUUUCAACAUCUUGAAUGGUGCUGCCCAGAUGGAGUCUAAGCAAUCCCUUACCUUCCUGGAUAUUCAGAAAGCCCCAUUGGAUCCCGUCAAAGGUGAAUAUCUUCACCGUGGAUCCGUGCAGUACGAGUUUGGCAGCGAGCUUCUCCAGACACCCAUCCAGCUUCUGAAGAUCACCAAUAUCAAGGCUCAGGUUGUUGAGCUUCUGGAGCACAUGGUGACCCACAACGUGGACGUAGUCCACAAACAUGCCCCUCUGAAGUUCAUUGAGCUCCUCCAGCUACUGCGUGUGGCAAAAUGUGAUAUUUUGGAGACCCUCUGGACUCAGUACAAAAAUAGAGUCCAUUUCAGACGCUGGAUCCUGAAUAUUGUCCCUGCCAUUGGUACUACUACUGCUCUGAGGUUCCUAAAGGAGAAGUUCCUUUCUGGUGAGCUGAGUCUUGCAGAAUCUUCUAAAACGCUGCUGGCAUCUCUACACAAGCUGACAGUUGACCUCGAGGCCAUCAAGCUAGUAGAGGCAAGUCAGCAUAAAUUCAAAAGAUCCAAGGACAGCCCAAUUCUGCGUGAGAUUGUCAUGCUAGGAUACGGCACCCUGGUUGCUAAAUACUGUGUAGAGAACCCAUCCUGCCCCGCUGAGCUUGUGAGGCCUCUCCAUGAACUUGCUGUCCAGGCUGCUAGCAGCAAUGACAUCGAGAAGCUCAUUGCCACUCUCAAAGUCAUAGGAAAUGCUGGACAUCCUUCCAGCCUGAAGCCAAUCACAAAGCUCCUGCCUCUCUCUGGAAGUGCUACUGCUGUUCUGCCACUCAGAGUUCAGAUUGAAGCUGUUAUGGCCCUGAGGAACAUUGCUAAGAGGGAGCCCAAGAUGAUCCAGACUAUGGCUAUUCAGCUGUUCAUGGACAAGACUCUCAACCCGGAACUCCGUAUGGUUGCUGCUCUUGUAUUGUUUGAGACCAAGCUGCCCAUGGGUCUGGUGAUUACUCUUGCCAAUGCCGCCUUGAAUGAAAACAAUCUGCAGAUCGCUAGCUUUGUCUACUCUUACAUGAAGUCUAUGACCAGGAACACAACUCCUUACUUUGCCUCAGUUGCUGCUGCCUGUAACGUUGCUAUGAAGCUACUCAGUCCCAAAUUGGACAGACUCAGCUAUCGCUUCAGCAGAACUCUCUAUCUUGAUUCCUACCACGAUGCCUGGAUGGCGGGUGCUGCUGCCACCGCCUUCUAUAUUAAUGAUGUUGCAACUGUUUUGCCAAGAGCCAUUGUGCUCAAAGCUCGCACCUAUCUGGCAGGAACUUUUGCUGAUGUUGUUGAGGUUGGAGUGAGAACUGAGGGAAUACAGGAGGCCAUUCUGAAAGUCCAAGAGGGUCCAGAUAAUGCUGACAGGCUGACCAAGAUGAAACAAGUUAUGAAGGCUCUUUCUCAGUGGAGUGCUCAACCUUCCAGCCAGCCCCUGGCCUCUGCAUAUAUGAAGUUCUUCGGACAGGAAGUUGCAUUUGCCAACAUUGACAAAACCCUUAUUAACCAUAUUCUUCAGCUUGCCUCUGGACCAGCAAUUCGCACUCUUGGCCAGGCUUUAGAUGCUGUGCUGACUGGUUUCAAAAGCCAUUACUCUAAUCCAUUCUUGAUGGCUGAGGUUCGUCGCAUCCUUCCCACCACCGUUGGUCUGCCCAUGGAGCUCAGUUUCUAUACUGCUGCUGUGGUUGCUGCAUCUCUUGAAUUGUCUGCAAGUGUAACACCACCUCUGUCUGCCGACACACGUGUUGCCCAGCUUCUGAAGUCUGAGAUAAGCAUUAAGGCUGCCAUUAACCCCAGUGUUUCCAUGCAUACCUACGCAGUUAUGGGAGUGAAUACUGCUCUCAUCCAGGCUUCUCUGAUGUUAAGAGCCAGAGUUCACGCAACUGCGCCUGCAAAGUUAGAAGCAAGAAUUGACAUUAUGAAGGGAAACUUCAAGCUUCAGAUCCUUCCUAUUACGGGUGUCACAAAGAUCGUAUCUGCACUUGUUGAUACUUUUGCUGUUGCAAGAAAUGUAGAAAACCUCUCAAAUGCCAAAUACACACCAAUAAUCCCAGCUGCACUGGAAUCACAGGCGUUAAGGGAGACCAUCACCUCAAAGUUUUCAAGGAUGGCAUCCUCUCUGUCUAAUAGCAUGUCAGCAUCAUCUGAAAUCAUUCCCGCUGGCCAGUCAAGUAACAAUUCCAGCGAACUGAGACGUCCCUCAGACCUCAAGAAGAAAAUAUGUUCAGAAAGCAAAGCUUUUGGUAUCAAGACAUGCACUGAGCUUAAGUCUAGCAACAUCGCUUUCAUCAGAAACUGCACACUCUACCACAUGAUUGGAAAACAUUCCAUCAUGAUUGAUGUUUCACCAGCUGAUGGGCCAGCUAUCGAGAAUAUUCAAAUUGAGCUUCAGGUUGGAGAAAAGGCAGCAGAUAAGAUCAUCAAAGUGAUUACCAUGAGUGAGGAAGAACGUCUUGACGACAAGAGCGUGCUGAUGAAACUAAAGAAAAUCCUGGUAUCUGGUCCGAGGAACACCACAUCAUCUUCAUCCAGCUCCAGCAGCUCUCAUUCUCUCAGCUCUGGCUCCAGCAGCUCUUCUUCUAGAUCAUCCUCAUCCAAGUCCUCCUCCAGCUCCUCCUCCAGCUCCUCCUCUCACCGUAAUAGCAAGCAGGUCAAUGCUAACACUUCAAGCAGUUCUUCAAGCAGUUCUUCAAGCAGUUCUUCAAGCAGCCGUUCAUCUCAAUUAACCAGCAGCAAAUCUUCCAACUCCAGCUCAUCCAGCUCCAGCUCCAGCUCAUCCAGCUCCAGGCAACAACUCUCUGAAAUGAAGUUCAUCAAGAACCACAUCAAGCAGAAUAAUCGCUCCAAAGAACGUUCCACCAGCAGUCGCAGUCGCCAAAGUUUCGAGAAAAUCUACAAUAAGACCAAGUACCUCUCUGAUACCGUCGCUCCUGCUGUGACCAUUCUCAUACGUGCUCUGAGAGUCGACCGCAAGGUCCAGGGAUACCAGAUUGCAGCUUACGUUAACACAACUGAUGCCAGAGUGCAGGUCAUUUUUGCCAACCUGGAAGAGAAUGACAACUGGAGAAUCUGUGCCGAUGGUGUGAUUCUGAGCGAUCACAAAGCGAUGGCUAAGAUUGCCUGGGGCAUUGAGUGCAAAGAAUACGAUACUGAGAUCACAGCUGAGACUGGUCUUGUGAGUAAAGAUCCUGCAAUCCGCCUGAAGCUUACCUGGGACAGACUUCCAAAGAGCAUGAUGCGCAUUGCAAAAGAGAUCUCUAAGUACAUUUCCCGCAUCACAAAGUCAUUGGGAGUAAGCCUGUCAAAGGCCAAAAAUAUUCCUAGGCAGAUCCAACUGUCUGUGGCUGCUGCUUCUGAUACAACCCUGAAUAUUGUUCUGAAGACACCAAAGAGGACAAUGUUUAAACUUGGCGUGAGUAUCCCUGUUUCUUUGCCAUUUGGAGACACUGCCACUGAGCUGGAACCGUACAGGGACAACUUGGCCGACCAGAUCUCCUACAUGCUCACCAAGGCUAAUUCAGCUGUGUGCUCCAUGGUCAAAGACAAGCUGACCACAUUCAACAACAAUGAAUUAAGGGUUGAGGUGCCCCAGUCUUGCUUCCAGGUGUUGGCUCAGGAUUGCACCGAACAACUUAAAUUUAUUGUUAUGCUGAAGAGGGAUGAAGUAAAGAAACAGAACCAGAUCCAUGUCGAGAUUGAAAACCUUGUAGUGGAGUUGUAUCCCCAGAAUAAUGCUAUCAUAGUCAGGCUCAACAGUCUAGUAAUCCCAUACAGAAACCUGCCAUAUCUCCAUCCCCAAGGCAAGAUUAGCAUUCAAAAGCUUGGUGACGGUAUCGCUCUCUUUGCUCCCUGUUAUGGUCUCCAGGAGGUCUACAUUGAUCUGAAAACACUGAGGGUUAGUGUUGUGGACUGGAUGAGAGGAAAAAUUUGUGGACUCUGUGGAAAGGCUGAUGGCGAAAUCAGACAGGAGUUCCAAACACCCAACACACGCCUGGUCGAUAACGCCGUCAGCUUCGCUCAUUCCUGGGUUCUGCCUGGAACGAGCUGCCGUGAUGCCUCUGAGUGUUACAUGAGGCUUGAAUCUGUGAAGCUGGAGAGGCAGGUGAUCGUUUAUGGCCAAAAGUCUAAAUGCUUCUCUGUUGAACCUGUGCUGCGCUGCUUGCCCGGCUGCGUGCCAGUGAGGACCACCGCCGUCAAUGUUGGCUACCACUGCCUGCCCGCUGAUUCUAACCUGAACCGCAGACAACUAAGCAGCAUCUUUGAGAAGAGCAUUGACCUCAGAGAAACAGCCGACGCCCAUCUGGCUUGUCGCUGUACCCCUCAAUGCGCUUAAUCUCACUGGCUUCAGUCAAUUUAUGUUGUACCUUUAGUU